UUAUGUAUUCAAAAAUUUUAGCAGUAUUAGCUAUCACAGCUGCAGCUCAAGCUGGUGUUUUGGACUAUGGUCAUGGACACGCUAGUUCAUACUCUUCUGUAAACUUAGCUGCCCCAGCAGUCGGACACGGUUACGCUGCUCCACUUCUUGCACAUGGGCAUGCUGCUCCACUCAUUUCAGUUGGACAUGCCGCUCCAGUUUACGCACAUGGACACUCAUCUCACGACAAUGUAGAUUACUACGCUCAUCCAAAAUACGAAUUCAACUAUGGAGUAAAAGAUGGACACACCGGAGACCAUAAAUCUCAACAUGAAGUCCGCGACGGAGACGUAGUCAAAGGAUCUUACUCAGUAGCUGAUCCAGAUGGUACUCUUCGUACAGUUCACUACACCGCUGAUGACCACAAUGGUUUCAACGCUGUAGUAGAAAAAUCUGGACACCCAGUGCACCCAGCUCCUGCUUCAGCUUAUGGAAAAGUACUUCUAGCUGCUCCAGCUGUUCAUCAUGCUCCUCUGAAUAUUCAGAAAGAAAGUAUUACUGAGAACGUUUAUAGAAUGGAAAUCAUUCUUGCCAUCGCUACCUUUGUAGCUGCUGCCAGUGCAGGGUUACUAGAUUAUGGUCACGCUCCAGUAGCACACAGCUACUCCGCUCCUGUAGCUCACGCAUAUACAUCACCUGUUGCCCAUGCUUACACACCUCCCGUUGCCCAAGUUUAUUCAGCUCCAGUUUCCCAUGCUUACUCAGCUCCAGCACCUUACAAGGCUUAUUCUUCACCCGCCCAUCAUGAUGUUGAUUAUUACGCACAUCCUAAAUAUGAAUUCAACUACGGAGUCCAAGAUGGUCACACCGGAGACCACAAAACCCAACACGAAGUUCGUGAUGGUGAUGUAGUCAAAGGGUCUUACACUGUUGCUGAACCUGAUGGUACUCUUCGUACUGUUCACUACACCGCUGAUGACCACAAUGGUUUCAAUGCUGUAGUAGAAAAAUCUGGUCAUCCAGUACAUCCAGCACCAUCUCACGGCAAAGUACUUUUAGCUGCUCCUGCUGUACAUCAUGCUCCUUUAUACCAUCAUUGA